AUGGAAGGGUGGCCGAGUUGGUUAUGGCGCCAGGUUAAGGUCAGCUUAACAUCUGUUUCCUGGUGGGGCAACCCGCGCGAGUUCGAGUCUCGUCCCUUUCAAACGCAUCUUUUUGCAUGUCGUGGAGAUAUCGAUAUCCAUUUUCCAAUGAUUUUUGGUGCGAAUUUGACGAAUUCGGUGAUUCCCGCCGAUGCAUCUGCUUUGGGUACGUACCUACAUCGAAGAAUUGAGUUCCGUCUGCAGAAAUUGUUAGUGCAGCGGAACGGACCAGUAAACGGGGCAGAAACGGCUCAGAGCGGGGCAUUCGAAUACGAGGGACCUGCGAGAACUCUGCACCGGUGGGGCCGUCACCGACGACGUGCCGUGGACCAACCAGGGACGGCGAAUCCUCGUGCACAGGCUACUUUCUCGCCCGAUUCAUUCCCGAUUGUGGGCCCGGGCCUGGAACUGAUGUUUGCCCCAUUCCGGACGUCCUCCGACCGGUCUUCCCAGCUGCUGUCUCCACGCAGAUGCUACGCUCGCUGA